ACAUUUUUCCACCAAUUUAGAUUAAAAAAAAUGAAUAAUAGCUAAAUAAAUAAAUAAUGAAUAAACAGAUCAUCUACUUUGGAAUUGUGAGUAUUCUCUAUGACGUGUCGCCUACCACUGGAUGUAGCCAAACACUCACUGCAGAUCAAGGUGUUAUAACAUCUCCUAAUUAUCCAGCCAGUUACCCUGCAAAUACAAGGUGCACGUACAAAAUCAAAGUUGCUACAGGAAAGCGUAUACGACUCCAAUGGACGGUUUUCAAGGUGGAUGGUGAAAUGGUAAAAUGUGACGGUGGAGAUUAUGUUAUAGUUAGUGCUGGAUGCAGCUCUCCAAAGGUUUAUUCAAGAUACUGCAACGAUGACACUAAUGAUUAUAUUCCACAUGAUAUGUAUUCGAGAGAUGAAUGCAUGCAGGUGUACUUCUACUCAAACCAAGUCUCAAGCAACUUCGUGACCAGCUUCCAUGCUACAUAUACAACUUACUCUAAAGAUGUUGCUGCUCCAGCUAUAGAUGUUUGUGGUGGACACAGAUUACGUAGUUUAUCUGGCGUUCUAAUGUCACCGGGUUGGCCACACACCUAUAAACUAAACCAACAGUCCUGUUCCGUGAGGAUAUACAUUGACAACAGCAAGUUAAGAAUUAAGCUAGCUUUUAUGCAAAUUGACACUUAUGCACUGAACAGUGGUAAACAACGGUGUGAUGUGCAAGGGAAUGACGUCCUUAAAUUUCGAGCCAAGCAUCGCCUUUCAAACAAAUACGAUGAAUUCAAAUAUUGUAGUCGUCAAGAUCCAUUUUACAGAUAUUACUUUGGCAAUUAUAGUUACAUUGAUGUCACCUUUGAGAGGGUACAAACUGUAAAUAAUUCAUAUAGUGGUUUUGUUGUUGGAUAUGUUUUGACAAAAAUUAAAGAUGUGGCGUCGAAGGUGGAUGGUUGCCAUUCCUAUUGUUGUCCUUAUCUUAAUGUGUUGUACGUGCCAGCACGUAAAAAAACAUGGUGGUGUUAGAGCAAUUGUACGAAAUCAUGUUUUUAAUCCGACCCACAAAAACAAAGGUCUACCAAUGCCAGUCAUUCAAAAACAAGAUGCGUACACCACCUCUGCGCCCACCUAUCCGCCACCUUCAUACCAAACAAUACUUUCAGGAAGCAACCAUGUCCCACCCCUACAGAAGGAACACAACCAACAAGCAUCUGCACCACCCUUCCCACCAUCUUUGCAAAU